GUGGUUGUUAAUGUAAUAUUUGUGUUACGUAAACACAUUUCAGUUGUAUUACUGUGUCAUAAGUGCGUCACUUUAUAACCCAUAAAAUAACACUUUUGUGUUAUACAUCAAUUGUAAUGAUUACGACGAACCACCUCCACCAAUCAUGGCGAUCAACGUUCAGCAGUGCCGCCAUGUUUCCCAUUGAUUGCACACGGCUCGUAUCUGUUGCAUAAACAACCGCGGGAUAUUCAGAAAACUCAAGUAGAAUAAAAGUAUUGGGCCAGCCAGCGUGUGGGCUAGGAUGGGGAGGCCGUUCAUUACUACGGCUGUAUGUUGUGUGUUCUGCUUCCUUUGUGCAGAGCAUGCACAGUGUUCGCUCCAUCGCCAUGCUACACUACUCUCCAAAACACACAACAGUGUAGGGACUCCUAGGCAGGUUGCAUAUUCCUCAUCCAUUUAUACAUCUUUGGGGGAUGUAUUAAGGACACAGAGAAGGCGACGGAGUGAUGGCAGUGAUGUGAAUCGACAUGACGGUGACACUUCCAGCCAUACUGGCCAUGAACAUCAUAAGAGUCAUAUAGAUAUGUCAAGUGAUAGUUGCAGACACACGAGGGAUACUUGGGAUGUUUCGGAGGAGCAGGUGUUUGUGAAGAGGUUGUUUUCACAGUUUGGUGAAGGGGACACCAUGACAUUUGAAGGUUUCGAACGUCUCCUUCGAACUGUUGGACUGCAGCGGCUCAUAUCUCCAGCGAGAGGUGGUCAUUCCUUGAACAGUGUACCACUGUCCAAUAUAGCCAAUGUCAAGCUUGAAGCAAAUGGUAAAAAGCCUUCUCAGCUGGGCCCAAUUGAUAGAGCUAGCCCCUAUUUCUGGACACCAGAACCAACACAAGCCAGCCGGCCUGAUGCCAUUGUGUCAAGCGAUGACAUGAGUGAGGGGGACACACAUUCAAACCAGACAGCUAAGCAGUGUCUGAGUGGGAAGGAACUGUUCUUUGCAUUUGCUGGUGACCAAAAAGGUAAGCUGCUACCUGAGUCGCUGCAGCGCCUGUGCCCGGGUUUGCUGUACCAGCUGACUGAUAUGACUACAGACUGCAUCAUGGUUUCAGUGCCAGGUCCUGAAGCACAUGGAAUGGACAUCAGUACUGAAGUAGUGAGCCACAGUGCUGUGUGGCUAUAUGCAACACUAAGCAUUGUGGUGGUAAGCCUGUGUGGACUGCUAGGAGUGGCAGUAAUUCCAGUGAUGCAGCGGGUGUUCUACCAGCAGCUUUUACAGUUCCUCGUUGCCCUUGCUGUUGGCACACUCUGUGGGGAUGCCCUCCUGCAUCUUCUUCCACAUGCAAUGAUGGGUGAGCCUCAUUCUCACACGUCUUCACCUACCCAUCAUGGGAGCCAACAUGACGACUUAUCUUCUGCAGAAGUUCAACAUGAUCUGAACAUGUGGAAGGGUCUGGUUGCAGCUCUGGGUCUAGUGUUCUUUUUCUUCACAGAAAGGUGUCUCACCUUGGUGGGAGAGUGGAGAAAGCAGAGACAGCGCAGAAGGAAGGUCCCAUCAAGAGUGCGUGUGAUGCGGGAUGCAGACAAUUUGGGUAAUAGUUCAGUGGGUGAAAAGCUGUGCAAGCAUAAAUACAGUUCUUACCCUUACUGCUAUGGUGAGAUUACAACAGAGAUGUCAGAUGAUCAUCACCAUCGAAACUUUCAGUAUGAGCACAAGCACAACCACACCCAUAGUGUGCCUGCAUUAGACACAACUGAGAUGACUACUUCAGGUUCAGUACAAGAGACCCACCCAGAUGGUUUGGAUGAACUGCGACCAAUGGAUACAACCUGUAACUCUGUGGCCCCAGGUCCAGACAGUGAACAUGGUACAGAUGUGAAUCCUAGUGAAGCAGAGAGCUACACGGUCAUUAUCAGGGAGCACGAGAAUAAGCACCAUGGUCAUUCACACACACACGGCCACGUACAUUCACCUCCUGACACACUGAGUUCUGUUGCGUGGAUGGUGGUGAUGGGAGAUGGGCUCCAUAAUUUCACGGAUGGGAUGGCCAUUGGAGCUGCGUUUGCUGCCAACAUUGCAGGGGGUUUCUCUACUGCAGUUGCUGUCUUCUGCCAUGAACUGCCACAUGAGCUAGGUGACUUUGCUGUGCUCCUGAAAGCAGGGAUGAGUGCAAAACAGGCUGUAUUCUACAAUCUUCUUUCCUCGGUCUUGUCUCUGCUUGGGAUGGUGUUGGGAGUAUUCUUGGGGGAGUCUGAAACUGCCACUGCAUCAGUGUUUGCUGCAGCUGCCGGCAUGUUCCUUUACAUAGCUCUUGUGGAUAUGAUUCCAGAGCUGACAACAUCUCAUUCGAAGGAAGGGGGUUCUCUUUGCCAGUGUCUGCUGCAAUGUGUUGGCCUGUUGUCAGGGAUUGGCAUUAUGCUACUCAUUGCCACAUAUGAACAUGACCUGAAGACAGUCUUCACGGACGACUAGUUAACUAACAGUGUGUGUGUGUGUCAGUAACAUUGUUCAUGGAGUAAAGACUGUGUAGAUGACCCAAAUAUGUACGAAGGAAACAACCUGUAUUAGUUAAGACAUCACUUCCAUUUCUUCAAGUUGGCAGUUAACGUUUUGGUACUUAGGAAGUCAACAGGCGUCUGACUGAGAUCAUUAUUUUUGUAGCUACUAUUUGAACUGCUUUCUGCAAGGUUAAUCAGUUAUUGUACUUAGAAGUUGCAGUAUUGUCUUCUGGUUUUAUUGCAUCUGACAUUCUGCAUCAAGGGCUUGACACUGAUGUUUCAUUAGCUAAACUGUAUUACACUGACAGUAAUUUUUUGGUGCUUUUAUUUAUUAUAUGAUACAUUCCUGAAAAGAAUCAUGUUGCUACUGUAUACUGUCCUUUUGACCCAAGACAUUCACAAUUAACAUACAUUUUUAUUUUAUGAUUUUUUGUGUGAUAUUUUGGCAUCAUACUUAAGUUGACUGCCUAAUUUCUCUUUAUAUUAGUGUAGAAAUAUAAUUUUCUGUAGAUGUGGACAAUCAAGUCAUCUCUCUCAGUGUUAGGCCAAGGAGGUGACAUGUUCUUACACAACUGUGUUAUCAGCAUCUGUAAAAUUUAAGGAAUAAGUAGCACCUGUCAUAGCAAAUGGUCAGUGAUACAGUGAUUGAAGGACAGUACCCAGUAGUUUGGCCACUCUGAGAAAAGUUUGAAUGAAGGGAUGAUUGAAGAGAACCGAUAAACUGAAUAUAUAUACUACUACAGGUUUUGCAAACAUGGAGAAGUCAAUAAGAUGCACUAUGUGGAGGGAAUUUCUAAAACUGCUUAUUAGGUUUAACUUGUUUUCAAUUAGUAGUAUUGUGAGACCCUUUAAACAUUUCGCUGCAUAUUAUUUUCUUGCCAUUUUCAUAAAAUGAAAAAAAAAAAAAACAGCAAUGAACUUUUACAGCC